AAGCACGCAAGAAACAAAAGUGCAGGGGCCAGAAGCCAGCUUGGGAGGGACGGAGGGGCUCGCACCUUCCUGAAACCAUCCUUUUCUCCCAUUUUUAACCGGAGGGGGAUGAGGACGAUAAUAUCCUAUCGCUUAAUCCCCCCGAAUCCUAUUUGUUAAUCAUCCUCCUACAGUUCCGUCAGCAGAUUCACAUUGGAUUUCUGCGUCAGUCCUGCCAAACUUGGUGAUAUAAAUUGCCCAAACCAGAGGUGGAGGCGGACGCACCUCCUCUGCAUACCCCGAUCCCCAUCAUUUCUUGAUCUUGUCUGGUUGAGAGAACUCGAGAGGAGCUUCGAAGAACAGGAGGACGACGACUUGGCUCUGCAGUGUCCAAUUCCCAACAUUUAGUUGAUGAGAAUUAGAGGAGCAUCAAAGAAAAGGAUAGAGAACGAGGUUGGAGGCUUGCAAGACUCUUCUUGGAUCCACUGUUAAAUAGUUGGGUGUUCUUCUUUGGGAUCGGCAUGGGGUUUCCGGUCGGCUACUCGGAGCUGUUGAUGCCGAGGAUUGUCCUCCACAUGGCCUUGAUCCUCGGCUACGUGCGGCGGUUCAUCUUCCGGGCCUUCGACGCGGUCGGCCUUGGAGACCUCCUCGACGCCGACGCCCCCUGGCCCGAGAACAGCGGCCACAGAAACCUCGACCACCAGCAGCUCCUGCAGCCGCCGCAAUCCCCGUCGGUGUCGGCGAUGCUGAUCCGGGAGGCGCUCCCGGUGGUGCGGUACGAGGAGCUGGGUGCGGCCGGGCAGCACGUCGGGGACAGCUGCGUUGUCUGCCUGUACGAGUUCGAGGCAGCGGAGGAGGUCCGGCGCCUGAGCAACUGCAGGCACGUCUUCCACCGUGGCUGCCUCGACCGGUGGCUGGAGCACCACCAGCGGACGUGCCCGCUGUGCCGCACGCCGCUCGUCCCGGGGGAGAUGCCGGUCGCCGUGGACGAUCAAAUGUGGGCUGCGGCCGGCGUCCCGGACUCAUACUACGACGACUUCUUCUCUUUUCCCUUUGCCUCGGCCUCGCCGCCGAGUCCAACUCUGCUGCUUCCCCACCAGCUCUUCUCUGCCUCUUAGGUAGCAAAUCUACCAGCAUGAGGAAGUUGGAUCGUCGAAAUUUGUAUAUAGAAUAGACUGGCAGCCACAUAGCUGAACCUGAUAUUUGUCCUGCAGAGUCGAAGAAGUACAACCUUUUAUUUUCUUCUUUCA